AUGGAACGACUAAAAGGAGAAGGAGUACAGGACUGGCUCAGCCAACACCUCACCUCACCAUGGCACGGACACCAGACUGUCGCUUCAGAACUCGGAAAUGAAAUCAUUUCAAACAUCCACGAUCGUUGGACUCACCUCGGCCCUUCCGUCCAACUCGGCGUCCUCUUCUCGAUCAUCAGUCUCAAGAAGGCUCAGCAGCUGCAACUCAAAGGAACCUGUCAACGGCUUAUUGACCACGCCUGUCAGGACCCGGAUGAGUGGGUGAAGCUUGUAGGGAGGAUGCUCAAGGAUUAUCCUUCAGAAGGAACUCUGCGAUUCAACGUGGAAGAAUUUGUUGACCAAGCACACAUGGGAUCACUUUUGGAAAACUUAACCCAUCAUAUCAACCGGGACGGAAUCAAGUUUCACCCUAUGGAGUUUGCUUUCUUAAACAAGUCCGUUUGCAAAGAGGGACAAGGAAAGGACCCAAAAACAAAGGCAUAUCCACCACUUGCAGGACCAUCAAUACAACAACAUUUCAAACUCAAGGAUUCACAUGUUACCAUUCACACCAGCCGCGCAGAGAGAUUGAAAAAGAUGGCCGAGCAGGCCUCGCCCGUCAUUCCUUCGACUGCCAGCAACUUGUCAUCAGGCAGUACAGGAUUGUCAUCGGGACCUGCAGGGCCAGGAUCCACAUCAGCCUCAGCUUUGGGACCAGGAGCUAGCUCGGUGGGUGCAACUACGACCUCAGGCGCAUCAGGAAUCGGAGGACCACCGCGUCCUGCAAAGGCAACUUCGUCCGGACUCUUUGUCCGCAAGCAGUCUGGAGGUUCAUUUUUGCGAACCAAUGCACCAAGACCCAUGGCCCUUCCUCGGAAUCCUUCUGCUACAUCCCUUCCUCUCCGCUCGCCGAGAGUCGACCAGCCAACUACUCCACGUUUGAUCCAAAAGGCGAGUCGUAUUCAGAUUCUGGACAUUCAACAAGGAAACGAGAUUAUGCAGUCCAUGAACGACGCCAAGGCCAAACUCGAACAAGCUGAACAACGAGAGAAGGAAUUGAAGAGAGAACAGAGGGCGCAGGAAGUUGAAGCCAAGCGAGCGCAAGACGCAGAAAAGAAGGCGGCGGCGCUCAGGGAAAAGGAGGAAAAGAAGAAGGAGAAGGAAGAUGCCAAGAAACUGAAAGAGCGUCAAAAGCAAGAGCGGGAUGAGCAGUUGGCGCGUGAGAAGCAGGAGAAGGAACAACAACAGAACUUGGUUAGGGAGACACGGCCGGCACCGGAUGACGAUGAGGACGAUGAUGAGGAACCUGCAGCACCUACCACUCAACCUGCUAGGAAAAAGUCUCGAACCAACUCUUCGCGACGCGGAUCCUUGGAUGACGACGAUUAUGAUGGGGUGCAACUGGGUCACGCAGCAGAACCUUUAAGCCCGAUGACCCCAUCACUUACAUCCAGAUAUUCGUCACAGAGCCUACAUGAUGACGGCGGAUCCAUUGCUAUGGAGUACAUACCAGCUGCAGAAUCAAAUCGCAAUGCGGACUCUUAUUUUUCCCCAAACAGUCAACAGCAAUCUUUGCAGCAACAACAACAACAGGUGCAGCAGCAUCAGCAACCACAACCACCACAUGCAGGAGCAGCCAGCGACCAUCCUACGCUGUUCCAGGACACCAACCUUUUGACUGCUGACGAUCGCGCAUACAUCACUGCCUUCAUGGAGGGCCAUCCAGUUAUUCGUCCAAAUGGAAAUGACACGUCGUACCAAAUUGUGAUGAACCAGGAGCAGGUGCAGGAUGCGACAGGAAAGACAAUGUACGAGUUGAUCCUGAUCGAGAUGAACUUUGAGACGGGCGAGUGGCGCAAGAUCAAGCGCAAGCGUAAUCGUCCUCAUGUACCUACACCUGUCUUCCCAGCGUAA